UUAUUUUAUUCUUCACAACACAUCUUUUCUUGUAUAAUAAAAUAUUUGAUUACAGAUUCCAGAAAAACAUUUUAGUUUAAUUAAUCAACUGAACAAUUUACCUUAAAAUUACCUUAAAUUUCAUCAGAAUUUUAAAUUGGAAUAAUGAUUAUCACAAAUUAUUGCCAAUAAAACGUUACUCACUUCGUAGACACGAAGAAAUCUCAUCUUUGCAACAGAAAAAUAUUAUUCCAUAUAUUUACACCAUCCUUCUAUAAAAUCCCUACGACGUAACUAACCUCUGACGUAUACACUUUACCCUCGAAAAAGUGCCACUGAUAAUCCAUAGAAUAAUUUAUAUUGUACCGCCACGUUAAUAAUAAAACAGAAAGAGUGACAAUCAUUUCUCUUGACUUCGUAUCGUUGCGAUAUUCUCGAGUCGAAAAGAGAGAAACACACGAUAAGGGAGACACAAGAACGAUGGAGACAAAAGGGACAGCCUAUUAAUUAUUAUCGUGUAUUUCUACCUGUUGUUCCACGCCUAAGAUACGAACGACACCCACGACGACGCGUUGAUCAGUCGCCAUGCAAUCGGAGAACCAGUUGGAUAUAUCGAUAACCUUGUCGACAUUUUUCUUGAAAAACAUCGGAUUAUGGAUGUCUGACGAUCCUUGUGAGCAACGUCGGAUGAGAAUGUUGCUCGUCUACACAGUUUGGAUCUUGUGGCUUGGUAUGAUCAUCAAUGGCAGAGAUUUGUAUUUCACAUUUUUGUAUAACGGCGAUGUUCUUUACGCUCUGACGAAUAAUAUAACCAUGGUAAUCGGUUUAAUCAAAAUAUAUGUCAUAUUAUUGUAUAAAGGAAAAUUUUUGAAUCUAAUCGUGUACAUGCAACAAAAUUUUUGGAACGUUAACUACGAUUGUCACGAAAAAGAAAUUUUGGACGAUUGCAGAAAAACUUGCAUUUUUUUCGUUUCCUCCAUUACCACUAUUGGUACAUGCGCCAUGAUAUCCUAUCUGAUGACACCAUUCGCAAUACGAAGUGGGAACAAUGAAUCCGAGAGAAUGCUUCCGUUCAAUAUGUGGCUAGAUAUGCCAUUAUCAAGGACGCCUUACUACGAAAUAACAUUUCUCGUACAAGCAAUGUGUCUGUAUUACAUUGGAAUCUCCAAUUUUUGCUUCGACGCUGUUUUCUGCAUCAUGGCCACGCAUUUAGCUGGACAAUUUCGCAUACUUCGGUACAGAUUUAUGAAACUCUGUGAUAUGGAUAAUGAGAUACACAAAAAGAAUUCGAUAUUGGAAGAACGAAUGCACAAAUUUCACGAGAAAUUUAAAGAAUACGUUCGACGUCAUCAGGCACUGAUCGAUUAUCACCAAAAACUUGAGAAUGUGUACACUACGAUUAUGCUUGGUCAAGUGUUAUUAUUCAGUAUAAUAAUUUGCCUGUUCGGGUACCAAGUGUUACUGGCUACCGCUUCUCUAGCGAGACGCUCCAUUUUCAUCUUCCUUUUAAUGGGCGCCAUGUUUUUAUUGUUCAUGUUCACGUUCAGUUGCAACGGCGUGAUGGAACAAAGUGACAACGUCGCUGUAGGGACGUACUCGGCACUGUGGACGAUCAUGCCGAUGGAGAAAUUUGGGAAAAUGCUUCGAAAAGAUCUGAUAAUGGUGAUUAUGCGAUCCAGACGAGUUUGUUGCCUGACAGCGAACGGAUUUUUCCCUAUAUCUUUGGAAACUUACACAAAGAUCUUAAGUACUGCGGUAUCGUAUUUCACAUUAUUAAGCAAUCACGUGGAUAAUGUCGCCAUGCAAGCGGAAUACCGGUUGGAUAUAUCGAUUAACUUGUCGACAUUUUUCUUGAAGAACAUUGGGGUAUGGAUAUCUCGUGAUCCCAGUGAGCAACGUCGGAUGAGAAUGUUGCUCAUCUGCACGGUUUGGAUGUUGUUGCUUGGUAUAGUGAUCAAUACUAGAGAUUUGUACUUCACAUUGUUGUACAACGGCGAUAUUCUUUAUGUUGUGACGAAUAACAUAACUUUGAUAAUAAGUUUAGUCAAGAUAUGCAACAUAAUAAUAUAUAAAGGAAAAUUUUUGAAUUUAAUCGUGAACAUGCAAGAAAAUUUUUGGAACGUCAACUACGAUUAUCACGAGAAAGAAAUUUUGGAUGAUUGCAAGAAAAUUUGCAUUUUUUUCAUCUCCUCUGUUACCACUAUUGCCAUAUGCGCCAUAAUAUCCUAUCUAAUGACACCGUUCAUUGCACAAAGUGGAAACAAUGAAUCCGACAGAAUGCUUCCGUUCAAUAUAUGGAUAAAUCUGCCACUAACAAGGACACCUUUUUACGAAAUAAUAUUUUUUAUCCAAGCAAUAUCUUUGUAUUACAUUGGAAUCUCCAGCUUUUGUUUCGACAAUAUUUUCUGCAUCAUGGCCGUACACUUGGCAGGCCAAUUUCGCAUACUUCAGUACAGGCUUACGAAACUGUGCGACACGAAGCACGAGAUACGCGAAAAGGAGUCGACAUUAACAAAACAGAUGCACAAAUUUUACGAGCAAUUUAAGGAAUGCGUCCGACAUCAUCAGGCAUUGAUCGAUUAUCAUGAAAAUCUCGAGAACGUGUACACCAUGAUCACGCUUGGACAAGUGUUGGUAUUCAGCGUAUUAAUUUGCCUAUUCGGAUAUCAAGUGUUGGUGGCCACCGCUUCUCUUGCCAGACGCUCCAUUUUUGUCUUUAUGUUAAAUGGCUCCAUGUUUUUAUUAUUUAUGGUCACCUACAGCUGCAACGGCGUAAUGGAGCACAGUGACAACGUUGCUAUAGGAGCUUAUUCGGCACUGUGGAUGAUUAUGCCGAUGGACAAAUUUGGGAGAAUGCUUCGAAGAGAUCUGAUAAUGGUGAUUACGAGAUCCAGGCGUGUUUGUUAUCUGACCGCGAAUGGAUUUUUCCCCGUAUCGUUGGAAACAUAUACUAAGGCAAGUAUGAUCCAAGUAUACGUAUAGAAUUUUGGCACA